CAAGUUGGCAUGUGGUUAAGCGAGUUCUCCAGAGGCUGAUGUUCUCUACAGGGAGCAACAGACCGGCGCUGGGCAAAGGUCGAUCGGCGUCUCCCCUGCACCUGACUGCGGCUGUACGUCAGCUCGUUCCCAGAGUUAUUCCAGAAAAUAGGAGAUAAGCUUCCAAGAGAACUCCAUUCAGAGCAACAGUGUUGCAGUCAUGGAUGUUAAAGCUGAGAGCAUCUCUAUCCAUGAGGCAUCGGCAGACUUCAAGAACUUGAAGACUCACUCCCCCCUCGUCAACGGAGGAGCCUCCACAGCCGAGCUCUGUGAAACAUCUGAGCUGGAGGAAGCCGCUGAAGGACCUUCACUGGAAGAGCCCAAGGCAGUUCCCUUGUUGAGGGCGAACGUACCGGCCCCGCUGGCCCCGGCGGACCAGCUAUGGAGCACGAGCAGAGACAAGGCAGUCAGGCUGAGGAUGGAGGGCUCAGGUCCGGCCUCAGAGACGCCCAUGACGGUGCACCAGCUGUUCCUGGAGACGGUGGGAACGCACGGGGAUCAUCCAGCAUUGGUCUCCAAAGAAGGGGGCCAGUGGGUGACGCUGACCUGGAGGCAGUACUACGAGCAGUGCCGGGCAGCCGCCAAAAGCUUCCUCAAGUUGGGGCUGGAGCGUUACCACGGUGUCGGGAUCCUGGGAUUCAACUCCCCCGAAUGGUUCAUCUCAGACGUCGGCUGCAUCUUUGCCGGGGGUCUGGCAACUGGAAUUUACACCACCAACUCGCCCGAAGCUUGUCAGUAUGUGGCGGCCAACAGUGAGGCCAACGUCCUGGUGGUGGAGAACCAGAAACAGCUGGACAAAGUCCUGCAGGUGAAAGAUCAUCUACCUCACCUGAAAGCCAUUGUCCAGUAUAAAGGUGAACUGCAGCAGAAGGAACCAUUCCUGUACACGUGGGCGGAGUUCAUGAAGCUGGGAGAGGAAGUGCCCGACGAGCAGCUGAAUGCCGUGAUUGACAGUCUCCGUGCCAACGAGUGCUGUACUCUUAUAUUUACCUCUGGAACCACUGGCAACCCCAAAGGAUGCAUGUUGAGCCACGACAACCUGACGUGGACGGUCCACAGGGCGGCUUCAAUGCUCACCUUGAAGCCCGCUGAGGACGUGAUGGUCAGCUACCUGCCGCUCAGCCAUGUGGCGGCCCAGCUGGUCGACAUGUGGAUCGGUGUUUAUUUUGCCAUGACCACCUACUUUGCAGAGCCAGACGCCCUGAAGGGCUCGUUGGUGAACACGCUGAAAGAGGCUCGUCCGACUUGUUUCGUGGGGGUUCCUCGGGUGUGGGAGAAGAUGCAGGAGAAGAUGCAAGCUGUCGGUGCAAAGUCCUCUUCAACGAGGAGGAGAGUGGCGGGCUGGGCCAAGUCUAUUGGGCUCCGAUACAACUACAGUGUCAUGAGCGGGAAGAAACAGGUGCCCUGGGGUUUCACGUUGGCCAAUAAUCUGGUCUUUAAGAAGGUCCGUGUUGCGCUGGGCUUAGAUCGCUGCAAGUUGUGCUUCACAGGCGCCGCCCCCAUCACCAAAGACACAAUGGACUUCUUCAUGAGCCUGAACAUCCCUUUGCUGGAGCUGUACGGCAUGAGUGAAAGCUCCUGCCCACACACCAUCUCCACCGACACCCAUUACAAAAUCACAAGCUGUGGAAAAGUGAUGCCAGGCUGCAAGACGAAGCUGGAGAACCCGGAUGAGGACGGGAGUGGAGAGAUAUGUAUGUGGGGCCGGCACGUCUUCAUGGGCUACCUGGACAUGCCGGAAUUAACAGCCCAGGCCAUCGACCAGGACGGCUGGCUGCACUCUGGAGAUGUGGGACGACACGACCAGAACGACUUCCUGUUCAUCACAGGAAGGAUCAAGGAGCUGAUCAUCACUGCAGGAGGAGAGAACGUCCCCCCCGUGCCCAUCGAGGACUCGCUGAAGUCCGAGCUGCCCAUCGUCAGCAACGCCAUGUUGGUCGGAGACAAGCUGAAGUUCCUCUCCAUGCUCCUCACGCUCAAAUGCGUGGUGGACGACGCGGGGGAGCCCACGGACCAGCUGAGUCCCGAGGCGCUGGCCUUCUGCCGGCAGCACGACGUCACGGCCACCAAGGUGUCCGAGAUCAUCGCCAGCAAGGAGCCGGCGGUCUACACGGCCAUUCAGGAAGGCGUGGAGCGCGCCAACGCCAGAGCGACGUCCAACGCCCAGAAGAUCCAAAAGUGGGUGAUUCUGGAGCGAGACUUCUCCAUCGGUGGGGGCGAACUGGGACCGACCAUGAAACUGAGGAGGCCCAUUGUGGUGAAGAUGUACCAGGAGAAAAUAAAUGAACUGUAUGCAGUGAACACGGCAGCACAGUAGAUUCUACAUCGCAGAGACGAGACAAUACUCACGUUGUGCCCAGACGUCACCUUGAGAAAUGUAUGAAAUCUAUUUUCACCUGAAUGUUAAAACUGCAAAAAAGGUUUGAAUUAUGUUGUAUUUAAGAGAAUGUAUGCUUGUACUUUGUUGUUUGUUUCAAGUCAGUAUUUAAACCGUUGAAUGUACAUUUUAAUCAAGUACGUUUUUUUCUCCCUUAUCCCAAAAUCAAAAAUGUACCUCAGAAGGUUUCACGUUCUGUACAGAUACAACGUCCUCUGUCCCUGGACCCGUACAUGGAGACGGGGAAAAUCUCCCUUCCAAUAAAAACCGUAACAGAAAGCAACAGAGAGCGGAUCCCAUUCCAAGGAUGGACAGAAGAGCCUGCAAGAGGAAUCCCUCGGGUCCUGGUCAGCACACCAGUACAUAUUUUUGAAGCAGAAAUACCUUUUUAAAGAUGUUACAGCAUUCCUCAAGAGAUGUUAUUUGAGAUUGGGUGGAGGUUGACUUUGUAAUAAUUGAGCUCAAUCACAAGGACACAUUCGUUGCUGUACAGUUGCUGUAAUUAAAGAGCCCGUUUUGGACGUGCUGUAGAUGUGAUGCUGCCAUCGUGUGGAUGAAAUUGUGCACUAAGUGGUCCCCAGUGACAGAAGACCAACACCAACAUAAAUAAAUGCUGACAGCCAGACGGAUUAAACAGUUUGAAGAAAGA